AUGCGACGAUCAGUGGCAUAUUGCCAAUGGCAGCAGAAGUGGUGGCUUGGCCAAGUCAACCGUCGCGAAGGGGUUUCACCAUGGCUACAAGAGGGACUAGAAGCAUACGCAGUUGAGCACGCCGAGAUCGAGCAAGAACGGGCAGCAAAAUGGUCAGCGUCUUGGUCAGCGAUACGUGAGCGGGGAAAAUUUAUUCAUGAAUUUCUUUCGGAAGAACGGAAUAAUGCCUCAAUUCCUGUUUUAUCACAGUUGUGGGUUGACGUGGAGAUGGACGAGAAUGUAGAGUAUGACGAUGAAGAGGAGGAGGAGGAUUUCUAA